AUGUUAUUAUCAUUAUCAUUUCCACUACUCAAUCAUGGUAAAAGUGAUGAUCAUAACAGAAAGGAAAAUCCUAAUUGUCCGCCACCACCAUCACCACCACCAAUUAAAAAGAGGAGUUUUUCACUCGUAUUAUUGUUGGCUCUUUUAAUUUUGGUUGUUUUGGCAACUUUUUCUUACGAACAACAUUCAAUGUUUGUUGUUGAGGGUUAUGUUCCAACAAGAAGAAGAAUUAGUCAUGUUUUUGCUAGCAGCAGCAGUAGUAGUGCUGUUAAUAGUAAUAACAUGACCAUUGAUUGGCCUUCAGUUUGUGCCAAUUACUAUAAUCACACUAAUAAUGGAUCUGCCCCAAUUCCCCACCACGAAGAAGAAGAAGAACCAAAUAUCUUGAAUAUGCCUUGGUAUGAUAUUGUCAUUAAUGUUGGAGCGAGUAUGUUCUUUAUUUUGGGUGCUGGUUUAAUGUCUGGUUUCACACUUGGUUUACUUUCCAUUGAUACAAUGCAAUUGGAUAUUCUCAAAUCGACUGGAACUGAAAAGGAGAGAAAGUAUGCUGCUCGUUUGGCUCCAAUCCUGAAAAGACAUCACUUGUUGUUAGUUACCUUGUUGUUGUGGAAUGCUUUGUGUGUGGAAUGUCUUCCUCUCUUCUUGGACAAGCUCGUUCCUGAGUGGGCUGCCAUCUUGUUGGGUAUUACUUUCGUCUUGUUAUUUGGUGAGGUUAUUCCACAAUCUGUCAUUUCUAGAUAUGGUAUGGCUAUUGGUGGUACUUUAUAUUGGUUGGUUUGGUUCUUGAUUGGACUUGCUUUUGUUAUUGCUUAUCCAAUUAGUAAACUUUUGGAUUGGAUGCUUGGAUCUGAUCAUGGCACUCUCUAUAAGAGAACUGAAUUGAAGGAAUUGGUUAAUAUUCACUCAAAGGCUCAUGAUCCUAAUUUCCACUUGACUGAACAUGAAGCUAAAAUUUUGGGUGGUGCUUUGGAAUUUGCUAGAAUUCCUGUUAGUCAAAUUUUGACCAAAUUUGAAAAUGUUUUCAUGUUGGAUUUUGAUAGCCAACUUGAUGUGGACACAAUGACAAGUAUUUGGCAAGCUGGUCACUCUCGUAUUCCUGUUUUCAAGGGUGAUAAGAAUAAUGUUGUUGGUUUACUCUAUGUGAAAGAUUUGAUUCUGGUCAACCCUGAUGAAUGUGUGCCAAUUUCUACAAUUUUGACAUUCUACGGAAGAGAAGUUCUCAAAGUUUUCCCAGACACUUACUGUGAUGAAAUGUUAAAGACCUUCAAAUCUGGUAGAACUCACAUUGCCAUUGUUCAAGAACCAAGAGAAUCUGAAACUGGUGGUGAUCCAUACUAUGCUAUUGUUGGUAUUGUAUCUCUUGAAGAUAUCAUUGAGGAAAUUAUUAAGGACGAAAUUGUCGAUGAAACUGAUAUCUAUGUAGAUAAUACCAAUCAAUCCAAGAUUAACAGACCACAAAAUUCUACCAGUUUGUUACUAAAAUUGGAAAGAACCAACAGACUCACUCCAAAACAAGUGGUUGCUGUUGGCUCCUACUUGUGGAAGAGUAUGGCCACUUUCAGACUAUUACCAGAAGAAUAUUUGCACAGACUCCUUGGUAAAUGUGCAGUUGUGGAUGUUAAGAAGAGCUCCUCUGAUGAGGAAUUACUCCUCAUUGAAAAGAAUAAGGAAUGUGAUUAUUUUGCUCUUGUAUUCAGUGGUAAACUUGAAGCUGUGUUUUGUGAGGAAAAAUUCACUUCUGAAAUGGGACCUUGGAGUUUUAUUGGAGAAAGAGCACUUACAAGAGAAACCUUUAUUCCAGAUUAUGAUGUUCGUAUUGUGAAGGAUGUGACAUUUGUCAAGAUUACAAAGAAGGAUUUUAUUGAAAUUAUUUCACAAGUGUUUAUUCAAGAAAAUUCCUUCUUCUUGCCUAAAGAUAUGGAAUGGAUGAAUCCAAUUCUCAACAAUAUGAAUAAGCAUCAAAAUUCAAAUGUCAAGAUUUCAGCUUCACAUGUAACUCACAAAUCGAGUGAUAAUUUGAAUAAGACACCAGAACCUGAAAAUACUCCUGUUGAUGAUACAGAUAUUGAACUAGAUCAUGUCAUUCCACAAAAGAAACGUUUCUUCAAAAAGUAUUCGAAAUUCAAAGAUGAUUUGAAUGAAGAAGAUGAUAUUGUUUAA